UUGAUCGCACAGUUUAUUUUCAACAGUAUAACUUAUUGUGUAACUUAAGUCCUAAAUAUAUUUAUAAAUAUUUUCUUAAAGACUUUGUUCGGUAGUAAUAACUUAAAGAUUAAAGUUAUAAUUUAAAAGUAAUUAACUUUUCAACAAUAUUGUUUAAUACGUAUUAAGUCGUCUUUGUUAUUAAACAUUACACAGCGUGGUAUUUUUAUUGCGCGCUUGUGAAUGGCUCUAUGAAACAUCGACUGCCACUCGAGUGCUAGUGUGUUGUACGGUUUGUGUUGUGCGGGAGGGGGCUUGUUUAGCUAGCAAGGUCGUUCUUUGUGUCAAAAAAUUUAGUUCUUGUGACGAAUUAUUAGUACUAUUGUAAAAUAGCAUUUAAUUUUACAUCGAAUAAAACUUUUUAAUAUAUUACAAAGAUCGUGCGUGCAUGUCGUGUGUAGGAAUUAAUUUUUGAAACAGAUCUGUUUUGGUGGAACGUUCCAAUGAGUUUGGGAGCAGGUCAAAACACAGAGGGAACAAAUGCAGGAGGAAUAUUUGUACAAUUCAACCAGGACUGCACGUCACUAGUAGCAGGCAGUAGCAGCGGCUAUCACCUGUUCGCCUUGACUCCUGACGAUGGAGUGGAGGAGAUCUACGCGAGUCGGUCGGGGCAGGACACCUGCCUCGUGGACCGGCUCUUCAGCAGCUCGCUCGUCGCCAUCGUCACCGUGUCAGCGCCCAGGAAGCUGAUCGUGUGUCACUACAAGAAGGGGACAGAGAUAUGCAACUACAGCUAUAGCAACACCAUCCUCGCGGUGAAGCUCAACCGAUCCAGACUGAUAGUGUGCCUGGAGGAGUCGCUGCACAUCCACAACAUCCGCGACAUGAAGAUCCUGCACACGAUCCGGGACACGCCGCCCAACCCGCGCGGGCUGUGCGCCCUGUCGCCCUGCGUGGACCACUGCUACGUCGCCUACCCGGGCUCCAGCGCCGUCGGGGAGGUGCAGAUCUUCGACGCCGUGCAUCUGAACGCGAAGUGCGUGAUGAGCGCGCACGAGAGCCCGCUGGCGGCGCUGGCGUGGUCGAUGUGUGGUCGGCGGCUGGCCACCGCCUCCGAGCGCGGGACGGUCAUCCGGGUGUUCGCCGUGCCCGAGCGCACGCGCCUCUACGAGUUCCGGCGCGGCGUCAAGCGCUGCGUCUCCAUCGCCUGCCUGGCCUUCAGCGCGUGCGGCGCCUACCUGGCCGCCACCUCCAACACGGAGACCGUGCACGUGUUCCGGCUGCAGGAGGACGAGGCGCCGCCGGAGCCCGAGCCGGCGGAGGCGGGCUGGGUGGGCUGGCUGCAGCAGGCCGUGGCGGCGGGGGCGGGGUACCUGCCCGCGCCCGUGGCCGACGUGCUGGCGCAGGGCCGGGCCUUCGCCGCCGCCCGCCUCCCGGUCGCCGGACACCGCGCCGUCGCAGCCGUCACCAACGUGGCGCGCGCGCCCCGGCUGCUGGUGGCGACGUCUGCGGGCGAGCUGCUGGUGUUCGCGCUGGACGCGGCCGACGGCGGCGAGUGCACGCUGCUGCGACACCACCACCUGCUGCCGCCCGCGGACCACCGCCAGCAGCAGCAGCCGCAGGGUGAGUCACCCCACACCUCGCACAUCUCACACAUCUCGCACGCCCCCGCGGCGGCCAACAACAGUUACGCGGGCGCGCUGCGCGGCCGGGACCCCUCGCAGAUGACAGAGUCGGAGCGCGCGUGCGAGCUGGGCGCGGCCGCGGAGGGCUCCCCGCCGCGCGGCUCGUUCGACGUGCGCGACCCGCGCCACUUCCCGCCCAUGCGGCCAGCCGGCUCCGCGCCCGCCGACGCCGCGCCCGCACACUAGCG